AACAUUUGGUCUCACAGACUAUAAGCCUUUAAUAUGUACAAGUACGCAAGUUUGUUCUGCCUUUUAGCUUUAUGGAACCUUUGGGAAGUCGGUGCUAAUACGGACAAAGACAAUGCUGCAACUCCAAAACCGGCAACGCCGUAUUAUACCAUCGACAACAUUGCAGAGCACCAGCAGCACUGGUUUAACUACAAUUCCUUAAGACAAAAUGGAACUUCGUGGAGAAUUGAUGCCAUGGUACAACGCUUAGAAAGUCGAUUGCAGGCCCUUCAAGACCAAUUGGACGCUGAUAUUCAGUCUCUAAAGCAACAAAUUGUAUCCUACAACAUGGAAAACUUAUAUAUGCCCAAGAAGAAAGAUCUGACUGGGUUCAAGAAGGUUGGCUCAAGGUACUUUUAUUUGGAAACGAAAAGUAAGCAGACCUGGGAUACUGCAUCCGACUCGUGUCGUCGAAUGGGCGGUCACCUGGCGAACAUCCAUGAUGAGCAGGAGAUGAACGAAAUCUUUAAAGGAGCCCCCGACUAUCGCUACUGGGUGGACUUGAAUAGCCGUCCAAAAGAUGAUGGUAUCUUCACAUCUUCACUAACCGGAAGGAAAGCUCCAUUUUUCAAAUGGAAGUCAAAGCAGACCAAUGUACAUCUACAUUGCGCGUAUGUCUAUGAUAAACAAAUGAUCGAUGAGAGUUGUGACGAAAAGAAUUAUUUUGCUUGCCAAGCUGAACAAUGGGCCUGAACAUAAAUCAUUUAGUUUUGAAACUAUCCUAAACUGAAAUGCGACUUUAAUAAUAAAGUUCCAAAUGUAAAUACCCAAA